GAUGCAAAAAGUAUCACGCUAUUUUAUGUGUUAAAUUGGAUAGUUAAUGUUCAAUUUUAGUCUUAAUUUGUUUAGGAAUUGGAACACUUUCUCAACUGGCACCCCUUUAAUGUCAAGUAUAGUGCUCCGUUUUAUUUCCGGUAAUUCGAAAUCAGGAACAUUUGAAGGUAACGGACAAACUUUCAAUUUACUCUCCCUAACAGAAGCUUAUGAACACGCACAAAUGGAGAACUUCAUCCUCUAUGAAGAGAUUGGCAAAGGGAGCAAAUCGGUGGUCUAUAAGGGGAGAAGGAAAGGAAGCAUUUUCUUUGUGGCAAUAAUCUGCUGCGAAAAAUCAAAGAGGGCAGAAGUGACCAACCACGUGCGGCUGACCCACACUAUUAAACAUGUGAAUGUUGUUUCCUUCCAUGAGUGGUAUGAGACCAGCAACCAUCUCUGGCUGGUGGUGGAGCUUUGUACAGGGGGCUCUUUGGAGGCGGUCAUCGCUCAGGAUGAGUGUCUGUCUGAGGACGUUGUGAGAGAAUUUGCUGUUGAUCUUGUCAAAGGCCUGAAACACAUCCACGAUUCUGGCGUCAUCUGCUGUGACAUCACUCCCGCUAAGAUCUUGCUGGAUGGCCCUGGCACACUAAAGUACUCCAACUUCUGCCUUUCCAAAGCAUACGGAGAGAGUCAGGAGGACGUCAUUCGGCGAGUUAUGAUGUCAGAUGAGGGAGGAGGAGGAGGUGGGGAGGGUGGAGAAACCACACCACGAAAAAAUAUCAAAAACCGAAUCCAAGGGUCUCCAAUGUACUGCGCACCAGAAUUGGUGCAGGGAGAAGACUGCACUAUUGCCAGUGACCUCUGGUCCCUGGGGUGCAUACUGUAUGAGAUGUUCACAGGAAAGACGCCAUUUUUUUCAGACAGUUUAUCAGACCUGAUCGAGCUCAUUCUACAUGAAGACGUGCCCCCGCCGAGGCAAAAGGGCACGACCGCCUGCAUGCCCACUUUGGAGUUUGAGAGCCUACUGCAUGGACUGCUCCAGAAGGACCCUGACAAAAGGAUGAAUUGGGAUCAGCUACUCUCUCACUCCUUCUGGAAAGGAGCUUUUUCCGAGGAGCUGACCAAUCUGAGUGGGGAGGCCUUGGACAGCUCCAGAGGUAUGGAGCAGUAUGAGGUACCUCCCCCCAGCGAUGAGUCACCAAGCGACCCCAUUGCAGUGACGUCACAGGGACCAGGAGAGGUGCAGGAAGGGGUGGGGCCAAGCAGAAACAGCAGCCAGGUCGUAAGCAAGUCAUUUGGAUUAGACAGCAUGGCUGAAAUUAGGCCUAAGAGCGCUCUCGAUGGCGAGGCCAGGGAAUCCAUCUUCCUCCUCAGCUCUCGGCCAACUCCCAGAACCAGUGGUGCUACAAGAGAGACGGUACCCAGGACGGUCCAAACACAAGGGAGCAUGUUUAUUGGUGGGCUGAGGGACGUGACGUGCUGCGUUAAGGACCUGGUGUACACGGACAAUGACCUGACCGUGACGCCCAUCAUCGACAACCCCAAGAUCAUGAAGUCGGCCCCGGUGAGAUUUGACUCAAAAACACUGAUUGUCCCUGCACACUCAGCUGACAGGCUGUCCUCCAUGAGCGGCGGGGACUGGAGCGCCUUCCUGCAGCAGCUGUGCGGGGCGCUGGAGCCGGGCGAGCGGGCGGGCGGGACGGUGCGCUCCAAGCUCAACCUGCUCUGCUACCUGUGCACCGUGGCCAGCCACAAGGACACGGCCACCCGCCUGAUCAACUCCCCGCUGUUGCAUUUGCUGACCCAGCACCUGCGCACGGCUCCAAACUGGGAUGUGAAAGCAAAAGUGAUGCGGGUGAUUGGGCUGCUAGCCUCACACUGUGUGGAGCUGAAGAACGAUACACCAGUCACAGAGGCCCUGCACGCCUUCACAGAGCUGGUCCGUGAGAACUUCCGGAACAGCAAGCUGAAGCAGUGCCUGCUGCCACCCCUGGGGGAGCUGCUCUACCUCAUCGCCAGUCAGGAGGAGAAGAGAGAGAGCCCAGGAGGAUUGUGGGCCGUUCCUGCUGCCGCCUACACUGUGUUAACGAGGUGCCUUCGGGAAGGGGAGGAGCUGGUGGUGCACCACAUGGCUGUCAAGAUUGUGGAGAAUGUCUGCACAACGGUGUCCCACCAUGCCCAGGGAUUCAUCACGGGCGAGAUCGGGCCUAUGCUGUGGUACCUCUACACCCAUUCCACUGUGGAUGCGCUUAGGGUCACUGCCAUAUCGGCCCUGUGCAGGAUCACCCGCCAUUCGGCCAGCGCCUUCCAGAGCGUGAUGGACAAGGUGGGGCUGCCGGCCGUCCUCAGCAGCCUGGUGUCGGGCAUCGGGCGCGUGCAGCAGCUCAUGCUCACCAUGUUCGCCGCCAUGCUGUCGUCCGGCGCGCACCUGCAGCGCCUCGUCCAGGACAAGGACUUUGUGACCAGGAUGAUCCGGUCAUUGGAGAGUCCAUCUUGCAUGAUUCGAGGGAAAGCCUUCCUGGUUCUGGUCCAAGUUCUGAUGAACAACCGUGAGAUGCUGCUUCUCUGCUGUAACUCCAGGCUGGUGAUGUACAUCGAAAGAGACGUCCGAAAGGCCACACCAGGGAGGGAACAACAAAGCAGCAAUGAAUACCUGUCAAAAUGCCUGGAUGUCCUCAUCCGUCACAUUGUGCAGGAGCUGCCGGGCAUUCUGGGUGACAUUCUGUCUGCGCUGGGGAACAUCGCGGGACGCAAGCAUCCGUCAACCACUCAAGCUAAGCAGCUGAAGCAGUGCCUGCCAAUGAUGGGCGUGGUGCUGCAUCUUCUCAGCUCACAGAUAUUCCGCCCGCAGAUUGUGACCGAGGAGUUCCUCGUCAAAUUUGGGGCGCUUCUGCACCACGUCACAUCCAUAGAUUCUUCUGGGACCAGCUUGGAGAGAGCUGUAGGGCAGCCCGCCGCCGAGGAGCUGAUCAGGAGCACGCUGUCGGCCGUGGAGGCCAUUACCCAGCAUCCCUCUGUGAUAACCCCUCAUCAGUCGGCUGUUGUGGACUCCAUCCUGCCUCCUUUGACUUCACUGGCAUUCAGUAAAAAUGUGGAAUGGCGGAUCCUCAGCCUGCGGGUGCUCUCUGAAAUCACUCUGCUGUUGCUCAGCCAGGAGACUGCGCAGGAGGGCCGGGCCUGCGCCUCAAACAGACUGCUGUCACUCAUCACUGAGGCCCUGCUUCCACAAUAUGAGUCUCUCCUUCUUGAACCCGAUCCAGUCCCAGUCUACGCUCUGAAGCUCCUUGUGUCUCUCACCGAGCAUGACUCACCUGUCAGCAAGCUCAUCGAGGAAAGCCGCCUGCUCCCCGCCGUCUUCCAGGUGAUCUCGGAGCACCAGGUGAACUCGCUGAGCAGCACCAUGCAGAAUGCUGUCGCUCUCCUCAGCAACCUGACUGGACACAGGGAUGCCAAUCUGCAGCCUUUCUACCAGGAAGGUCUGGUGGAGUUCCUGCACACUGUGCUGAUGGAUGUGGGGGCGCUGUACCUGGCAGGGGAGGAGCAGACCGGGCUCAAGGGCGGCAGUGUGCUCCUGUCCUUACUGGAGAUCCUGCACACGGUCCUGAGGAGCACCUCCACCGUGGUGCGGCAGGCUCUACAGUCUGAGAGAGGAGAGGACUCCCAGAAAGCAGAGGGCCUCCUGCUCCUCAACAAGCCACUGACAGACCUCAUCAGCCUGCUCAUUCAGAUGCUGCCGAGCGGGGAACCGGAGGUGUAUGAGGUGGCGAGCCAGUGCCUGUCCCUGCUGGUGCAGCUGUACGCCGGAAACAGCCUGGACUGCCUGCGCCCCGGAAACAUUGUGAGCCUGGCCCGGGCGCUGGAGCAGCAGCCCCUCCCCAAACCGCAGAGGCUGCUCCUCAGGGUGGCCAAACGCCUGGUGGGUCCCGGGAUCACCUGCAGGGGGAGCUGUGCCGGGGACUUGCAGGAGGAGGUGCCUGAGCUGGUGCAGAUCCUGCAGAGAUUGGCUCACUCACACAGGUCCCACAGUGAACUCAACAACUCCUCACUUGCCAUAGAGAUACUGAAAUGCAUCGCAUCCUAGAGGACCCCCAUUUGAGUUAACCCAAGAAUUCUGUUCUUCAGUGUAUAGUUAAUUUAUUUGCAACGUGUUUCAAACUGCUGUAAUACAUUUGUUUUUGGAUUACC